AUUUCAUGUACGAGACCUUAUACUCAUACGAACGGACAUCUUAUUACACAAUAGCUGGAAAACACCCAUUAACCUAACGUUGUUGAACAGUGUGGUAUUUAUAGAUUAUGAAAAUCAUUGCGUUUCUGUUACGAGUAAAUGUAUAUUUAUUGACACAAUAGUGGAUUGAUCAUGGAAACUCAGCCGCUAAAAGCAUCUGAAAAACUUCCACCGCCGUAUUCCGUCGCAACGGCUCCACCAGUGAACACUUCAUGGCAACCGCCUCCUGGGUAUUAUCCUAAUAACAUCGAUCCUGCUGACUAUCAAGGAAACAAUAUUCCAUCGUAUGGUUCUACACUUUCCACCGCAAUUAUUGUCCCAGAAAUUAUCAUAGUCGGCGGGUGUCCAGCAUGCAGAGUAGGUGUAAUGGAAGACGAUUAUACAUGCCUUGGUUUACUUUGUGCGAUUUUCUUUUUUCCCCUUGGGAUUCUCUGUUGUCUGUUGUUAAGGACAAGACGCUGUUCGAAUUGCGGAGCCUAUUUUGAUUAAUUAAAAGUAAGAACACACUGUCUAUACACUUGUACAGAGAAUAAUAUUGUGUCAGAUAAAUUUUAAGUAACAUAGAAGUCUUUAAAGCUACUAAAAUCUGAUAAAGAUCUGGUCAUUUAAGGGAAUUCUAAAGUAAUGAUUGAAUUCUGAUGGCAACGUGUUAGCAUUUGAAAUGUCAGUAGUUCGACAACAUUUUUAUCAGCAUUUUUUAUAUUAUUAUUUUAGCUUAGAUAUGGAAACAUUUGACGCUAAAACUUGUUUUUCAUGCUAUUUGAUUGUACGUAUUGUUCAAUAUUAUUAUCACUAUCACCUGUAUACUAUUUCCUUAUAAAAAAAGGUCAUUAAAAUUUAGAGUAAUCAGUUGAAGAUUUUUUCUUAUGUACUGAGAAUUAAAAAUUUGUCAGAAAAGCUAGAGUUUUCAGUUAAAAAUAAAAGAAUGGUGAUCGUUGUCACCCUUGAAAAGAACAUAUGUAUUGUAUAUAUAUAACGUAUACGAGUACUAUAGGAUAGCCUUCCAACUCUCGCACGAUUUAUUACGCUAUGAGAUCCUUCUUGCCCGCUCGCGUUUACCCUUCCACAUAAUAGAAAUAUAAAAGUAUGCUUUUGCCGAUUCUUGCGCAUCUGUUCGUUUUGAGCAUGGCUUUCAAAAUCUGGGGCUUGUGCCCUGUCCGCGCGUCACGCACCAAAUAAUUCACAAGAAACGCGCGGUCGAGAAUUGCUGGCUGAUUCUCUAAUUUCUUUAAUAACUUUAUUUAAAAACUUUGAACACACUACAGCUUUGCGAAAACGGGGUACAAGAAAUAUUGACACACUUGAAAAACUUAAAUGAAAAAAUGUACAGAUACGUCGCAUCGGUGACUGAAUUGCGAAUAAUUGUGAUCGCAGAUCGCGAGAACACCGCAGAAAUCGGGAUCAAAAAGACAAUCGGAAACGCGAAUAUUCACCUGUCUAAACGCGCGACGCUUUAUGGGAAUAUGCGCGAACGGAGGCUUGUUACCAAGGGAAAACUCGCGAGGAAAACGGAGUAGGCGAUGAAAAUAGGGCAAUCGCAAAGAUGCAAUGAAAACGAAUCAAUCUCAAAGACGCGCAAUGGAAACCAAGCGACAACGAUGAUGCGCGUACCGAACAGCAUCGUAAUGGUGGUCAGUCAAUGAGAGUUGCAUCUGGACUGCGACAUCAUUACAUCACAUUAAGGCUUUUGAUAGAAAGAAGCCUGAGUGGUCAUGCAAGUUAAACCAGACGUACAUACAUCUUUGUCCAACAUUGACAAUAAUGUACUCGUAUCGACGUUGUAGAAAUGGCAUCUCAAAAUAUGGGUCCAUCUAAAUCGUUGGCAUGACCACAGGCUUCUCUCUGCUCCCAACUCCUCAAUUGAGAACUCCAUGUUGAUGGUAUAGCGAUAUAGUAUUGUGAAAAAAAUAUAGAACUAAUAGGCGAGAAACGUGACGUGAAAUGUUGACGAUAAAAUUUUGUCUUUUAUGUCAUUUUGUUAUUAUGUGUUUUAUUCUGAAAAUGUGACUUCCCAUACAACACCGAAAGAUUGCAGAAACAGUGCAUAAACCUUACAUUGAAACAUUGUAAUAUUGCAUAAACGUUGCGAAAUGUUUCUGCAAUGCUACUAUAGGCUUGCAACAAUGUUGAAAUGUUUGCUCUGCGAAAUUAUUACAAUGUAAGACUACAGUAAUGUUACAGUGCAAUGUAUUUGUUAAAUUGUAACGCGUUGCUUAUACAAAUAUGUAGAUUAUUUUAAAUUUAAUAGCAAACUUUAAAAAUAUAUAGAUAUCCAAGAAAAACAAGAGAAACUUGUAAUUAUAUAUUGGAUGGGGAAAAAAGUUUCUUUGUAAUCUCUCGGUAGAUGGCUUUAUGAUCCCAUAACUUUGGUAAUAUUAAUUGAAUUUGACAAUAUUUGCGUUUGAAACGUGAAAUCAUAAUGUUUAAAAAAAAAGUAGUUAUACUUGUUUAUUCAGUCAAAAAUUAUUGCAUCUUGAGAAUGAGUAAAAAUAAAGAAGAAAUUUGAUACAUUUUGAAAUUUUAUUUUAAGAAAGGGAAAAAUGCGAUUUAGGUUGUUAAAAAAAAUUUGUCAUGUUUAGGGACAUGAUGCAGUAUUAGUGUGUGUCGUACAAAGCUGGUUUAAGCGUUUUUAAUCUGGAAAUUUUGAUGUCAAAGUUGCAUUGUGUUCUCCUGAACCGAAUGCUUUUAUAAUAAUAAUAAUAAUAAUAAUAAUAAUAAAGUUAGUGUAAAAAUACUCAAUGAGAGUUAUAUUAAUACACUAAUUCUGAUUACUUAUAAUAAAUUUAAUAUAAAAUUAGAUAAAUAAUAUUUGCACAUAAUAUUUUAUUAAUUAUGUCGAUAUUGAUGUGUCAAAUAUCAAAAUUGUCAAAAUGUCAAUUAUUAUCAUUUAUUUAAUUUAUACGAUUAAAGUUUUUAUGUAAGAUCGGCCUAUAAAGACACUUUUUUUUAUUAUUACUGAAGAUUCGAUAUUAAUGUAAAUAGAAUAUGCACAUAACGAUUAUAUUAACCUGCGAAAAUAGGCAUUUUUUUGUUGAUAUAAUCAAAUUAAUUGUAAAUGAUUUUUAUAGACAAUUUUGCAUACUGAACGAAUUCGUUAUUCAAACUUGGCUAUCACGUUACAAUUUUGAGAAAAAUGACGUCAAAGAGGUGAAAAACGACGAUUUUGAGGGUUUUCAUCUUAAACUAUAUAAAUAUGGACUGCUAAUGGUUUGCAUUAACUACAGAACGACUGUCAGCUAACAUGUUCCAAUACCCAGUACCUAAAAACGCGCCAAGUUCAAAUGACGCUAUCCAACAUCAUUUUGUAACACGAGUAUAAAAUGUAUAUAACGCGUAUAUAAAAAGCAUAUUUUUCACUUUAACAGCUGUUUGUGUGUUUUCCUGUUUGAAUAGGCUUUAUUUUAUAUGCUUUUUACGACUAUUUAUUGAUUAUUAGGCGAAAAAAGGAUACUCAAGGUUCAUUUUACACAAGUACUACAUGGGCUGAAAAGUUCCGAGAUUUUUCAGUAGGUGGCGCCACUAGAAAAUGAACAUGAUUUAUUUUGAGAGGUUUAUUUGUCACUAAUUUAUGUAUGAAGUUUCAUGAUAUUUUGUUCAUUUGUUUACAAGCUACAGUCGUUUAAGUGUAAACUACCUUUGCUUUAAAAAAAACAUGGAAAAACAGGAAUAUCGCAUAUUGUUCAAACAUUGUUUUUUGAUGGGAAAAACUCCUGAACAAUCAAUGAAAUGGUUAAAGAAAUGUUAUCCCACAUUUGCUCCUUUGAGAACAACAGUUUAUCGAUAGUUUAGUAAAUUUAAAAUGAGUUGUACAAGCACCGAAGACGCAACUUGCUCUGGAAGACCAAAAGAAGCUAUGAAUCCGGAAAUUGUAAAGCAAGUGCAUCGAAUCGUUUUGAGUGAUUGUAAAGUGAAGUUGCGCGAGUUAGCUGAGGUCGUUGGCAUUUCAAAAGAACGGGUGGGAUACAUUUUGCACGAUGUUUUAGAUAUGAAAAAGCUAUCUACGCGAUGGGUGCCACGUUUGUUGACUGUCGACCAAAAAUAGCAACGCGUUGAUGAUUCAAUGGCCGGUUUGGCGUUGUUGCAGGGUAAUUGAGUGGACUUUUUUUGACGUUUUGUGACGAUGGAUGAAACGUGGAUUCAUUACCAUACGCCUGAGUCCAAUAGGCAGUCUGCAAAGUGGCACGAAAGCCGACCAAAGCGGCUAAAAGACCAACCCUUGGCUGAGAGGGUUUUGGCCUCCAUUUUUUGGGAUGCGCUUGGCAUAAUCUUUAUCGAUUACCCGCUGAAGGGAAGAACAGUUACGGGAGAGUAUUAUGCAGCGUUAUUGGACAAACUGAACGACGGAAUGAAGAAAAAACAGCCCUAUAUGACGAAGAAAAAAGUUCUGUACCAUCACGAUAACGCACCGUUACAGACGGCCUUGAAAGCGAUGGCCAAAUUGGACCAAUUACGAUUUGAAUUUGUUGCGCACCCGCCGUAUUCUCCAAACUUAGUCCCCAGCGACUAUUAUCUAUUCCCAAACGGUGGCUCCAGGAAAAGAUUCACAUCGAAUGAGAAAGUUAUUGCAGAAACUGAGGCGUAUUUUGAAGGCUUGGACGUUUCGUACUACAGAAAGGGCAUCGAAAUAUUGGAAAAUUGCUAUACCAAGUGUAUCGCACUCAAAGGCAACUGUGUUAAGGAAUAAAUAUAACUUUGCCCAAAAAGCGCUUGUUUUCAUUUAAAAUCUCAGGAUUUUUCAGCCUAUGUAGUAUUUUAAAGAGAUCUCAUUAUUCUGUUUUAUCCAAAUUCUCUUUAUUUACAAAUACCACGGUUGAAACUUCAGCUUAAUCAUGUUUUUCUGCCUGAAUACGCUACACUUUAUGGACUUUUUACGAUUAUUUACUGAUUGUCAGGGAAGAAAAGGAUAGUCGAGAUUUAUUUUUAUAAGUGUUUUAAAGUGAUAUUAUUUUGUUUUAUUCAAAUUUUCUUUACAACCAAUGCCACGGCUUAAACUUUUUUAUAUUUUUCUCUUAUGACAUUACAACUUCAAUAUAGCGCCGCGAGAGAUCAGAAGCUUUAAGCGACAAAUUGGACUCUUUGAACAUUAGUUUAAUAAUAUCAAGGACCCUGACCGAACCGAAACUGAAACCGAUCAUAACCGUUAUUUUAGUCAGACCUAAAUCGAAACCGAAAUCGAAAUAUUAUGCGGGCUAAUCGACCGUAACCGUAACUAAACCGAAAAUAUUUUUCUGAUUUUUUCGGUCAUAUUUUUUAAAAUGCUAUUAAAGAUUAUACUGAAAAUCAGGUAAAAAAGAAGAGAAAGUGCUGUGUAGAAUUAUUUCUUUCUACGAAAUAAGAAUGAAAGAAAAAGGUACACGGCAUCUAUAUUUCAUCUUGUUUUUUAAUAUUUUUAACGCUCCACAGAUAUGAAGUUAAUUUUAAAGAUUAAUUCUUCUUUCAAUUUGUGAACAUAAAAUGAAUUUAAAAGAAUAAGAUCUUUGUAAUGUUAAAACUAAAUUUUUAAAGCCAAAAUUACGUUUUAAUUUUUCUGGCUUUUUUAGAGCACCGAAAAAAUUUGAACUUUUAAGACCGUACAUAUUUACGUCUAAGUUCUUAAUAAAUAGUGAUAUUACAGGGUGUCUACGGAAGGUUACUUAUUUCUUUGUUUUUAUUAUGAUAAUUUGAUUAAGAGUUAUUUUAUAGAGAAAAACUACCAUUAAUACUAGAACAAGAAUGACUAUUAACGCUGCAAGUUGCUGAGAAUGUUGAAGUAAAACAAAAAAAAAAAAAAAGAUUUUGACAGAUUUGGAACCUCCAAUGAUUUUUAAACAUUUUUAUAUUAAACAAGUGUUGUUUAUAAUAAGCAGGAAUUUUUAUAAUAUGAUAUUUAAAUUUGUAUUAUUUUUAUACGUUAUUAUUUUUAUACCUUAUUAAAUUUUACAAUAGGUAAUUGUAUAUCUGUAACUGUAACCGUAACCGAAAAAGACCGAAAUCCAAACGAUAACCGUUAUCAGUAACAAGACCGAACCGAAACCGAAAAUUGGAUAUAAUCUUUGACCGUAACCGUAACCGGACCGAAAUUUUAUUUUGGGCAAGGUCCCUGAAUAAUAUUAUGAGGGUAAGCCAAAAAUUAUCCACAUUUGCUAGAACACGUUUUUAAGUUUGUCAGACUGCGUAUCAGGCAGGCAGGCUUUAAGUUAGCACUACUAGGGUCUCGAUCAAAGCUGAACCUGAUUGCGUUAGUUUAUUUACCGCUACGGGCAUGUAAAUUUGCCCGUUUCGCUAGAAGUUUGCAUCAAAGAAGAACAGAAAGCUGUAAUAUAAUUUCUUUGGUCGGAAGGUGCUGAAAUUCAUCGGAGGCUUUUAACACAAUACGCCGGUUUGCCAGUAUCAACUCUUGAGCUUGCUGAACCUUUUCGUCGGUUGUGGAAUUUGACGAACGUUCUGCUCCCUCUUUGUGUGUUACACUUGUGCGUCAACUUUUAAACUUUUUGAUUCAUUUAUAUACACUUCUGCGUGGUAAAGGAUUGUUCCCGCAUUGUGCUGAAAGCCUCCGAUGAAUUUCAGCACUUUUUACUCCUUUCGAUCAAAGAAAUCGUAUCAUAGCACUCUGUUCUUUCUUAGUGCAAAUUUCUAGUGGAGCGGCCAUAUUUAUACGCUCGUUGCGAUAAACAAACUGACGCGAUCAAGGUCCAACUUUGAUUACGGGACCUCAUUAGUGCCAACUUAAAGCUUGCCUGCCUGCUCGGAACGCAGUGUGACAAACUUAAAGACAUGUUCUAGCGAAAGUGCGGAUAAUUUUUGACUUACCCUAGUAAUAAAACGCAAUUUAAUAUUAAAAUUACAGAAAAAUUUAUAUAAUGUUUGUUAUAUUGUAUAAUUUUUUUUUAAAUUUUUGUAUAAUCUUUACUGUUUAACGUCUUUUGCAUCAAUGAUAUUAAACAGACGAUUGACAUUGCUUUUGACAUUAUUUACAUGUUUUGAUUCUACAGUACAACAGCAAAAUCAAAAUAAUGUCAAUUUGAAGUCCAAAUGAUUAAAUUUGUCAUUUUUUGGUCAAAUCAUGAAAAAAGUUACGUAAAUUUGAUCAAUUUCAUAAUAUUGGGAGUACAAAUUAGUUUGGUCCGUUUUUUAUUUUCAUGGAUUUCAAUCUUACGGAAAUUGCUUGUUGCGUAACUCCCAAUGAUUCUGCAAGCUCCUCUUGCGUUUGACACGGAUCUUCAUUGAGUAAUGCCUCCAAUUCUUUGUCUUCGAAUUUUUUUGGUUGUCCAGAGCGAGGUUUGUCUUUAACACUGAAAUCACAAUUCUUGAAACGUCAAAGCCAUUUCCUAUAUGAUUUAUCAGUUGGAUUAUUGUCACCAUAGACUUCUACCAGCAUUCGAUGCGCUUCAGCUGCACUUUUCUUCCAAUUAAAGCAGGAAACUAAAAUUUCCUGCAAAUAUUGCUUAGUUAACACAAAAGUUGACAUAUUCAACACAGUAAAAAACAGGGGUUUUGAAAAUCAAAGCGAUAUAUACUGAAUAUUAUUGACAGAUGUCUAACCUCUCUGAAACCACCGGAAUCAGCUGUCACUAUGACAUAUUCAUAGCAGUCAGAGCCAUCUUUUGGAAACGGACCAAACUAAUCUGUACUCCCAAUAAAUUGACAUUAUUUUGCCUUUUCUAUUUUUCUUGGAUUCCUAAUAUGUUAAUGUAAAUCAAUGUCAUCUUAUCAUUUGUUACAUUUACUCCACCUUUGCGCUUUACGUUCCGCUGCAGUAGGUCCGGUUGGAAGGCUGUGCUAUAGGAUUUUUGCGUGCGACAUUUUUCGAGAAAAAGAGCUUACAUCCUUAUCACUCGAAAUCCUAGUUCAAAUGACGUGCGUACCCAUAGACUUAUAUUUUAACGUGUAUUCUUAGUAUACUCUUCCUUUCCACAUUCUUAUAUGCUGUUGCGUCAUACAAAAAUUAAGUCACAAGUGUAUGCCUUCAUAUAUGUAUACAUUUGUACGUAUGUACACAUACAGGACGUUUUCUUUUAACUUUCAUAUUAAAUUAUUUCCAAAAAUGGAAGAUACGGAAAAA